GUCAACUGAUAGUAACUGUUAAGCUUUUGUGGGGAAAACGAGCUUAUCUGUGUUUAGGAAGUACUAACCUUUGAAUAACUGUCGGAUCCAGUGGAACUAAUUUAACCAAGUUGCCCAAUUAUCCUCAUCGAAUGAUAACAAGGACUUGGAACCUCGCCACAAGGUCGAGUAGCAAAAAUUAGGAAUUCGGCUGGUUUCAAUUAGCUCUACACAAAGGUAGUGGAUACUGGAAGAAAAUCCCAGGAAUUGGCUUUAUUCGAGUACGAUGUCGGGUUACUUUUCUACGCGCCAUGUGUAAAAGUGUUCGCUUCUUUCUUUGCUGGAAGUAUUAGUUGUUUACUGUCUAUGAUCAGGAGUAAUUAUAAUGUUAAAUUAAAACAUACUUCAAGUGAUUUGGAGACUCCGGUCUAGCUAAUUGCUGUUUUUACCUUGGAAAUUAAAGAUCACCAAUAGCAAUAUGUCCAACAAUAGUGGAUUAGAUAUAACAAAUUUGGAUGAUUUACGUGAUCCAUCGGGAAUCUUUUCACUCAUCGAAGUUGUGGGUAAAGGUACUUAUGGAAAUGUAUACAAGGGACGAUACACGCGAACUGGUCAGCUAGCUGCCAUCAAGGUUAUGCCAAUUACUGAAGAGGAUGAAGAAGAAAUUAAGCUGGAAAUUGAUACAUUAAAAAAGUUAUCGAAUCAUCGAAAUAUUGCUAGUUAUUAUGGUGCAUUUAUUAAAAAAUCUUCACCUCGUGAUCAUCUUUGGCUUGCUAUGGAAUAUUGUGGUGCUGGAUCAGUGGCUGAUUUAAUAAAAAGUACUCGCACGAAAUCACUCAAAGAAGAUUGGAUUGCUUAUAUUUGUCGAGAAAUUCUCCGAGGUCUUAUGCAUUUACAUGCAAAUCGUGUGAUUCAUCGAGACAUUAAAGGUCAAAAUGUAUUGCUCACUGAUAAUGCUGAGGUGAAACUUGUCGAUUUUGGAGUGAGUGCACAAUUAGAUAAAACAUUUGGUAAACGGAAUACAUUUAUUGGGACCCCGUACUGGAUGGCGCCUGAAGUGAUUCAUUGCGAACAAGACUCAAGUUGUACAUAUGAUGCUCGUUCAGAUAUCUGGUCAUUGGGUAUAACAGCUUUAGAAAUGGCUGAAGGUCGACCACCAUUAUGUGAAAUGCAUCCAAUGCGUGCACUUUUCUUAAUUAUGCGUAACUCACCACCUCGAUUAAAACAAUCACCGAACGGAUCUAGACAUUGGACACCAAGAUUUCAUGAUUUUGUCAAUAAAUGUUUAACUAAAGAUUUCCAUAAACGUCCAAAUACAUCAGAAUUAUUUCGACAUGAAUUCAUUACAAAUUUACCAAAUGAAAGACAAAUUAGAAUUCAACUCAAAGAUCAUAUAGAUAGACAUAGACGAAAUAGGCAAACUGAAGAACAUGAAAAAAUUUAUGAAUAUGAAGGAAGUGAUGAAGAGGAGGAGGAGGAAACUAGUGCAGCUGUUAAAGGAGCUGCUGCCGCUGCUCUAGCUAUGUCAGCUGCUGUUAGUGGCAAUGGUCAAGCACAUCGUUUACCUAGUCAAAUUAGCCAUCAUCCACCUCAAUUUCGUCAACCAACGGAUAAACCUCCCCAUAAUCAAGUGCUUCGAACUAGUGGAGUUCCUGAUCAAAACGAAGUAGCAUCGUUUGUUUCACAACCAUCUGUAUCUGGAUUAAACUAUAGACAACAUGGACAUAUGAUACAAAGUGGGAAUAUUGUAAAUGAUAAUGUACCAGUGAAUGCUCGAUUUAUCUCACGAAAUCCUAUGUCAGUAGUUAAUAGGUUACCUGCUGUUACGCCACAAUCAAUGAUGCCGCAUAAUAGUCGGUUGCCAAGGUUAGAUGAAGGUGAGUCAGCAACUGUCAAUGCUAAGGAACCAGGUGAAAAUACACUUCGUCAAAAUUUCGCUCGUUUACAGGAACGUGAACACCAUCCAUCUGUAGGUGUUGCCCCUCAACGAUCUGCCAAUGGACGCCCACAAUCAUCUAGUCAUCACUUUCCUCAACAUUCACGACCUUUGAAUAGUAGUCGUGGACCACCGGCAUAUAAUCAGUCACAACAGCAAAUGCAUUCGAAUCAACCGAAACUGGGUGUCCUAGCUGCUGGGAGUCGUCUAGCUGACGCGGGUGGUUCAUCAUCUUACGCUGCUACUAAUACUACAGUCUCAGAUACACCUACAGAUAGCCAAUCUGUAACUAACAAUGAGGUUGUGUCCACGUCAUCGUCAGUUAAUAAUCCGGUCACUACACCCUUAUCAGUUAUUGGUGCAGUUGGUGAUAGUGGGCAACUUUCGCAUCAUUUUCCCCUACAACAUCAUAGAGCAUCUGUGCCAAAUCCUCCCAACUCUUUUCAUCCGACUGUUGUUACUUCUUGUUCCUCAUCGUCAUCACCAUCGAUAUUUUCAAAUGAUCAUUUGGGCAAUUUACUUAUUUCACCAUUUCGUGCAAAACUUGCCAAUCCUGGUCCACCACCCAUUCCACUUCAUCAGCAGGUUCGUAUUGGUAAUUGUGGAUUGAACGGGGGAUUACAUAAUGCUUCAGGAGUGCAACAUCAAACUGAUGAAGUGAAUGGUUCAUCUAGUAUAGUUGGCAUGGGUAACCCUGCUAGUUCUCGUCUUCAGCACAUUGUCGCACCGAAGUUUCCAUCAACCCGUCCAACAAGUCAGGCUGUACCACAUUUAGAUCUUCGUAAACCACCAUUAGAAUCAGCUUUACCCCAAUCAAUCAUCACAUCAACUAGUCCAGUUGCUAACCAACCCAAGUCAUCGGUAAACACAAGUAUAUCGAGCCCUGUUAAUCGGUCUAGUGGAGCUGCAAUGGCUUUUGCUGUUACAACUAGUACUACCACGACUACAACAACAUCAGUGCCGACUAGUACAACAACAAUGACGACGGUGACGACAACAACAAGUGACGUUUUUAAUUCUAACUUUGCUCGUCAAUCAGCAACAUCAAAUUUACUAUCUGGAUUCAGCAAUCGAUCUCCAGCACACCAAAUAUCCUUACUUGGUGAAAAUGUUUCAACUAAGAACAUCACUACAACUGUCGCAAAUAACAGUACAUGUAUAAGUAAUAAUCAUAAAAUGCAUUCAAAUCAACCUGAACUUCGUUCACGUGCAAGUAAACAAUUGUCUAAUCGUCAAAAUUCAGGUGUUAUCCCCCAAAAAUUACAUCAUGCUCAUCAUUUACAUCAGCAAAACAAUCCAAAUCACAUAAGUAAAAAAUCUGAGUAUGGAAAACGGAAUACCUUAUUAAAAUCAAUAGGAAAAGCAUCAUUAUUACCUGUUCUAAGUAGUUCUGGUGUUAGUAAUAGUAUUGUCAAUAAUAUUGUUACUAAAGUGGACACUAUCUUGCCAACAUUACAAACAAAUAGUGAACCGACCAUUUCUUCGUCAUCACAUAUCGUUUCAUCUUCAUCUGCUUAUUUAUUAACUUCCUCUCCUUCAACGGUUGUUUCAUCAACAGAUAUAUCAUCUGAGCAUGUUAGUACGCAACAGUUUCAUAUUAAUUUAUUCCAAUGGCUUAAACAAACUCAGUUGAAUCCAUCGUCUGCAUCAUUAGUUUAUUUAAGAGAACAGCUCCGACAGAAUUUAUUCUCUCAGAGAUCGCAGGACCACCAACUACAACAAUCACAACAACAUCAUGGAACUGAAUCAACUAAACCACUUCCUACAACAUUAAACUUAAUGACAAAAACAACAUUAACUACUACAUCAAAUAUUGUUCAUCACUUCCCAAGGCAACAACAAACAAAUGUAUUGAAUGUUUUCAGUCAUUCAGAUGAAACUGUACGAACUACUCAACCGUUAGUAGAUAAUGAUUGGUUUGGGUCUAAUGUUGACUUAAUAGAAGUAAAAAAUAAUGAUAAUAACAAUGACAAUUUAACUGCUGCUGAUUUAUCAUUUAUUCAGACUAUAACCUCUGAAUCAUUAUCAACAUCGCCAAAACCACCUCUAGGUCCAAGAUUAUUAAGGCGUAGACUACCAAAACCAAGACCAGAUGAGUUUAUUGUUGUUGAAGAAGGAGAUGAUGACGAAGAAUUAAUCGAGAGCGAUCAAAAUCCCACUUCAACAUAUCAUUUUAACUUAGAUGAGAUCUCCCGCAUUUAUGACUCAUCUAUAUCUGUUAACUGGGAAAAAAUAGACUUUGUAAAAAAUGAACCAUCUCAACCUAUUACUGAAUGUAAUAACUGUUUAAAUGUAACUGAAGAGGAUAAUGAUAGUCAAACAAAGCCUGAAGAAAUGAUUAGUUUACAAUCGGAACUUGAUCAAUUAGCCGCACAAUUGACUAAUUUAGGCGCUGUUUCACCUAGCCCUCAUCGACAAAAUAAUCGAAAUCAGUUGAAUGGUAAAUCCGACACAAAAUCAAAUGAUAAACAACCAUCAUCAUCACAACAACAACAACACUACCAGCAACAAAAAUCUUAUGAAAAUAAUGUAAAAUCAUCAACAUCUAAUGAAUUAGUUACAUCAAUGGAAUCAGUAUGUGCGGUUGAAAAACGGAAUCGAUCUAGUUCACUUUCUUCAACAUCAUCAUCAUCUUCUUCGUCAUCUACCACUAAUUCUUCUAUAUCAUCUGAAUUUCACGGUAAUGAGGGUUCACCAGUACAUGUGGAAAAUAAACAUUCAACAAGCAACUCAUCUACAAUGAGUAGAUCUCAUUCUGUUGGUUCAAAUCAUGAAUAUCACACGUCAAGCACUUGUUCUUCAUCCUCUGCUUCUACUAUUUCUUCAUGUGAUUCUAAUCAACGUAAAAAUCAUGAAAAUGCGUGUCGAGUUAUACUGAAUGGAAAACGACAUUCAGAAAUAGAUCCUCGUCGACUUACUGUUGUUGAGAAUGUUCGUGUGUUGAAUAACAAUAACAACCAAAUGAACCAUAAUACUAAUGUUGAUUCUAAUGAGCUUGAUGACUUAGAUAGAAUACAAAGAGAUCCAGUACAAUUCAUCGCUUCUAAUGAUGACCAGAUUGACGACUUUAACUAUGGAGCUUACAACAUACAGAAUGAUGAGGAAGAUGACGAGGACACUGGAGGUGGAGGAGAGGAAGAGGAGGAUGAAGAUGAAGGUGAUGUCAUCGUUGUUGAAGAAGAAGAAGAGAAUGGUGCUGAUCUAGAAGAGGCUGAACAGUUAAGGGCUACUUUAUCUAUUGUUCGUACACGUCAAAGAUCAUCAUGUGAUGAAUCGAUAAGAAAUGUUGAUGGUGAUGUUGGUAGUGCUGUUACAAAUGAAUCCUCAUGCUAUGUAGACGAUGGAACGUUGUCCAAUGCAGCAGUGAGAUGGCAUAAAGAGGGGACCUUACCAUCAGAUGAAUUUGCCAAAGAAACUUUAUGCAGUUUAGCAUCGAUUAUUGAGUCUACAUCUGGGACAAUUGACCGAUCUGGAUCUAAUGUUAAUCCAUCAACUGGGAAUAAUAAUGUUAAAUACACUGUUUCAAAUGGUUAUCCAAACACAACUGAUCUGUCUUCAUGUACAGAUAAGGUGAAAGUUACAAGUUCAUCUCAAAAUGUUUCACAUAUUGGUGUCCCGCAUACAUCGUCAUCAAAAUUAAUUACAAAUGAAAAAGAAGGAUGUACAAAAAUACAAGAAACUCGAUCACCGUCACCACCACCACAUUCUACAGAUGCUACUUCUGCUGUUCUAGGCGGUCCGUAUAACAAGCCAUCAUAUCAACAAACUGAUAUAUGUACAAAUAUACCGACCAACCAACAUUCAUUAGGACAAUCCAACUUAGCUCAUAAAACGAGUCCACAAAUCUCUCCUCAGUCUGUAGUGAUUACAGACUCAAAUAAAGCACUUCCUAGUUCAGUUUGGUCAGUUCAAACAAACAAUAAUCUUGGUUCUCGAGUUUCAGAGCCAAGUCCACGUGGAGGUCAAAAAUCGAAAACCCAGUUAGAUAUACAACUUUCACAGUCAAGUUCUAAUCCUUCAUCAUCUAGCAACAGUGGUGGUUUAAUCAAAUCAAUCGCUUUGCCUAAUUCAUUAUGUGGUAAUUUACUGAAUUUUAAUUUACCAUCAAUUAGUACAAUAACAAGUACAGUUAUUACAACUGGUUCAUAUUUAUUACCUACAAGUAUUAGCGGUGGUGCUGGUUGUAUAUCAACUGCUUCAAAUAAUAUUUCAACAACAAAUUCUAGUUUAAACAACAAUGAUACACCGGAAAUACAAGUUUAUAAAAAACGUUUUAAUUCGGAAAUUUUGUGUGCAUCUAUGUGGGGUGUAAAUUUACUGAUUGGUCUUGAAACGGGUCUUUCUUUAUUAGAUCGUAGUGGUGAAGGUCGUGUUUAUUCUUUAAUUACAAGACGAAGAUUUUCAAGGAUGGCUGUUUUAGAAGGUCAGAAUAUUUUAGUUACUAUAUCUGGACGUAAAAAUCGUGUACGCGUGUACUAUUUAUCUUGGCUUCGUAGUAAAAUUAUGAAAACGGAAGGAUGUGACAAGAAGAAUGGUUGGGUUAAUGUCGGUGAAAAUUUACAAGGUGCUAUACAUUUUAAAAUUGUAAAAUAUGAAAAAAUUAAAUUCCUUGUCAUCGCAUUGAGAGAUUCUGUAGAGAUUUAUGCUUGGGCACCUCGUCCAUAUCAUAAAUUUAUGGCUUUCAAAAGAUUCUCUGAACUCAAACAUCGGCCAUUACUGGUAGAUUUAACCGUUGAAGAGAACACCCGUUUAAAAGUUGUAUAUGGUUCAUCUGAUGGUUUUCAUGCUAUUGACUUGGAUUCAAAUAUAGUAUUCGACUUAUAUAUGCCUUCUUUGAUUAAUUCACAUAUUACUCCUCAUUGUAUAGUAGUACUUCCUAAUACAGGUGGUAUGCAGUUACUUUUAUGCUACGACACUGAAGGUGUUUAUGUAGAUACUAAUGGAAAACUAACAAAAAAUAUCGUUAUCCAAUGGGGUGAAGUUCCAACUUGUGUAGCCUAUAUAUCUACCGGUCAAUUACUUGGUUGGGGUUUAAAAGCUAUUGAAGUUAGAUCAGCUGAAACUGGACACUUAGAUGGAGUAUUCAUGCAUAAACGUGAACAGAAAUUCAAAUUUCUUUGUGAACGUAAUGAUAAGGUAUUUUUCUCGAAUACACGGUCUGGGCCACCCCAAGUAUCUAUGAUGACCCUUAGUGGUAUACACUGGUAAUAAAUUAACUUGACUUUUCAUGUCUACAGUUUUUCUUGAUGAUUUUUAAACUGAGCACCACCAACACUACUACGCAUCCUGACACCCAUACAAUACAGAGAAAUCGAUAUCUUAAUAUUAUUUAACUAAUGCAAAAUUACUACUAUACCUUAAUUUAAUGUCUGACAAUGCAUUUCUGUUUAAAUGUAUUGUUGUAAUGGUAAAUGACAGUGAUUCUGAGUAAGAAGAAAUGAUAACUUUCCAACAAAUUUAUCUCAUUUUAGUCUACAGUAUUGUCCAAAUAAACGUGCAAAAACAUUUUCUCUCCUAAUUUUAUGCAUAAUUUACAGUUUUCUUCCAAAUGACCUUUAUUUGCGCAUUUUCUUUGGAUUGUGUACAUUAUCGUUGCUAAUAUUAACCCGCAUGAAUGGAUAUCAAUUUUGAAAUGUUCUACAUAUUCAUUAUUAUUUGCCAGUAAAUAAAAACACUACACAAUGUAUCCUAAUCUGUGCUAUGUAUGUGAUGAAAGCUUAUUCUUUAUUAAUCUUUUUUUUGUUCUUAUUCAGUACUAUGUUAUAUAUACAAAUGAAUUUAGGAAAAUUUGAUUUGUAGUUGUGAAUUGUUUUAGAAAUUUUUACUUCGAAUUGUAACAAUAACCUCAAUUCCUUUCCUCCUAUAUUAUAUUGAACUACUUUGAUAUAUCCAUCUUUCUAGGUGCAUAUAUGACCAUAUAUUCUUAACUGUAUCAGUUUUGGUUAGUGCUAUUCAUUUCCUGUUCAUAUUAUCUAGAGGUUAUUAGAAUUUGACAUAUACGUUAUUGUUAUCAAUCAAUCAUUCGUUUAUCUACUGCUCUCAGAUAAUAGUAUGGAUAAUCUUGCUUAACGAAUAUUCACUUCUCCUUUAAGUUUUACACAUUUUUCACUAUUAUUUUCAAUCCAUGAGGGAUGAUGAUAGGUUUGUUACACACACACACACACACACACACACACACACACACACAAAUAUUUAGCAUGUUUUGCUCCUUUCAGUGUUUCUUAAUUUGAACUCUUGAUAACAGUUUUCAUUUCUUCUUAUUUUUUUUAAAACAAAGUUGUUCAUGCUUAUUAUCCUAUUUGUCUCGUUUGUAUUAUUGUUAACAUUCAGUAUUUAAAUGAAUUGUAUGAACAAAUUUUAUAUAUGCGAGGUAGUGUGAGAGCAAAGCAAAUGAUUCACAUACUGAAGAGGUUUCUUUGUGUACUUUUUCGUUGGAAGGGAUUUUGCAUCAAUCAACAAGAAAUAAGAUCUAUUAGCUCAGUGGUUUUCCAAGUUUUAUUGUUUAUUUCUUUAAAUAUUGACAAUUAAGUCGUUUAAAAGUAUAGUCCAUGAACUGAAGAUCAGAUGUUUGAGGAGAUUAAUCUUGUUUACACUAUAGACUAUGGUUCAAUUGCGAAGCUUCCUAUGUUGUUUUGGUCAAUACUGCCGACCAAUAUUGGUGCCAAUGAAUGCUUCGCAAUUAAAAGACCCAACUUAGAAGAGGGACAAUCAAAAGGAUCGGCCUGAGCUACAAGUAUAGCUUCAUCAUACAUGUUACACUCAACUCACAUUCUCAAAAUUUGAUAUCGAUACCCAUGUAGUGGUAAUGUACUUUCGACCUAUCGCAGGCAAAUCUGUUCUACAUAGCAUGCAUUUAAGUUAUUUGCAGAAAAGUUCAGUAGACUUCAGCAAACAUCACCUACACAUUGCAAGUGAUGAGUCGCAUUGUUGUGCAAACGAGUUAUUCCGAUUGAUGUAUACUACACGAAUAGUACGAUUACUUUCAUCAACUGUAAGCAACAUUUUGUACGCUUCCGAUACUAAGUCUAUUUUAAAUGGGAUUUUUGAUGGGACAUUAAUUAGUAUCGCUUGCUGCAAACCUUACAAUGAAGCUACAUGACUACUUAGCAAAAAUCUGCUUAUUUAGUAAUUAUUACAAUCGUUGCAUUCGGAGAAAUUAAACCUACAAUAGUUAAUAACACUGAAAUCUAAAACGACAACGUGGAUCGUCGGAUUCUGAAAUUGCUGAAUUUUUGCUAGUUAAGUGAGAUUAUCCUCAAUAAACAACUUGGAAUUUGGGGUCCUAAUCACUAAUGGAAAGAUUCAAACAAUUGAUACAAAUUAAUCUAGACUCAGCAGCUAAGUCGAUUACGCGGUGGCAUUUGAAGUGAAUGGUACUGGAUGAAAGCCAACUCUGCGAUGAGUCCCGAACAAAACAACGCAUGUUAUCCAUCCCACUUUUAGACACCACUCGACUGCUUAUAAUGCUUGUAACGUAAUGACAAUAUCAGAGCAAUCCGCAAAUAUGGUAAAGAAGACUGGUCAAUUGCAGUCCUAAACAUGAAUGAUAUUUUAACAAUACGAAUGAAUUUACUUAAGCACAUAAACAUUGGUACAAGGAGGCACCAAAUAAACAUGCGUCACACUUUGUCAUUCGAUUUGUGUGAGGGCUGGGUUACUGUCUGGAUGCAUCAACUGCAACAAAUGGUUUUACUAGGGAGCCACUCCCCAAGCACUUAACCUACAGGUCUGGUCCACAAGGCAGUGGAGUAACUUUAGAAGAUACAGUCCUAUAGCAGCCAGUGACCAGGAGUAGGUUAAUGCACUACUCGACCUUUCAGAAUCCAUGUGCACCACCGGUUUGAAAUCAAGUUUCUAAAACUUCCGUUUUCAUAGUACCUACCAACCCGAUUUAGGCGCCGAAUAUCCGCUUCUCGUCCUCUCAAUUUUCCGGCUUCGAGAAAGCAAUGAACAGAACUUACAUAGCGGUGGCCAUAUGAGAGAAUUUCGAGAGGGGGUGGGUUCUCCCAACCCCACCAUACUAGAGCACUUGGAGGAUUGAAGUAUGGGAUCUUUUAGAAAGUAAUAACAACUGAAAGCGUGUGAUCACACUACGGAUGUUUUUUAAAGGUCGACAAGAUUUCGUGUGUUAUAUUUAAUGUUAAACAGCUUUAUUAAUAAAAACUAGUGCAUAUGAACCUUCUGUAAAAUCAAAUUCCAAACUAUGUAAAACCUUUCACAAUUUUAAAUUUCAAAAUCAGUUGAAACUUAAUGACAUGGUUACUUGUCUUUUGUCGCAAAUCUUUGACUAUUAGCAAGGCAGUACUUAAGGCAGAGAAACACUAAUACUUUACAUUCCGGAUUAAAUUUGUCAAGGAUCUGCUUAGAUAGCUUUGAAAUCAUGGUAUGGUGUCAGGAAGAGCUGCAAACUGCUGGUGAAGUAAGCCUGUGUUGUGAAUGACUAUUUAAAUCAUUGGACACUAAGUAUUUCAUUACUACUUGUGAUUAUUUUGUAAUAGGGCAUCAUACUUCUGGUUUUGAAUUCAGACGUUUUUGGGUCUUACUAGUUCAUAGUACUUUUCAAUUGUCAUACUUUGUUAACAAUGCUGCACAGCAAGCUAAAUAAGCAGACAAACUGAAGAAGUACGAGCUUAUUUCCCGUCGAGUGACCAAACAUACAAUUUUUGAAUCUGAUU